AGCGGGGGCGGCCGGGAAGGGCGUGGGGCGGCACCGCGCUGGGCUGUGAGCAGUGGACGGCGCGCGGCGGCCGCAGAGAUCUUUGGCGGCGGGCAGCGGAGAGGGAACAUGGCGAGCGUAGGAAACGGCGCGGAGGAGAGCGGUGGCGGCGGCGAGGAGGAAAACUUUGAAGAUGCCUAUGAAAACAUCCCCGUGGCGUCCAAGAUGGAUCUCAAAUGUGCUCUGGAAGAAUGUUCAAUGGCACUGAACUUAUUUCUAAACAAUAAGUUCUCUGAAGCGCUGGAACUACUUCGUCCAUGGUCCAAAGAUAGUAUGUACCAUGCACUUGGAUACAGCACUAUUUUAGUUAUGCAAGCUGCAAUGACCUUUGAACAGCAGGAUAUACAAAUGGGAAUUUCUACAAUGAAGGAUGCUUUGCAAACCUGCCAAAGAUUCAGGAAACGAAGCACAGUGGUGGAAUCCUUGUCCAACCUAGUUUCUAAACAGACAGUGGAUCAGUUGACUGAAGAGGAAAUGCAUGCUGAAAUCUGCUAUGCUGAGUGCUUAUUACAGAAAGCCGCUCUCACCUUCGUACAGGAUGAAAAUAUGAUCAACUUUAUCAAAGGUGGCCUGAAAAUUAGGACAAGUUACCAAAUAUACAAGGAAUGUCAUCAGGUGCUACAGACGACUCAGGGGAACAAAAGCAAAAAUGAAACGUACUACCAGUUUGAAGGAGGAGUAAAACUUGGAAUUGGAGCAUUCAACUUGAUGCUGUCACUUUUACCAGGAAGGAUCCUCCGACUUCUAGAAUUUAUUGGAUUUUCUGGCAAUAGGGAGUUGGGCCUCUGCCAACUACGGGAAGGCGCAUCUGGCAGCAGUUUGAGGGCCAUUCUGUGUACUUUCACCCUGUUGGUUUAUCAUACUUACGUCUCCUUAAUCCUUGGUACAGGGGAAGCCAACAUUCAGGAAGCAGACAGUCUCCUCGAACCCUACCUCCUGAAAUUUCCAAAUGGUUCCAUUAUUCUAUUUUAUGCUGCCAGAAUAGAUAUACUGAAAGGAAAUUUUGAAAAGGCGCAGUUGAGGUUCCAGGACUGCAUAGCAGCCCAGCAAGAGUGGAAACAGAUUCAUCAUCUCUGUUACUGGGAACUGAUGUGGUGCUACACCUUCCAGCAGGACUGGCUUCAGGCAUAUCGGUAUGCAGACCUGCUCAGCAAAGAGAGCAGGUGGUCUAAGGCAAUAUAUGUAUUCCAGAAGGCAGCAAUUCUGUGUAUGCUUCCAGAGGAUGAUUUGAAGAGGACUGGUGAGGACAUAGUGUCUUUAUUCAGACAAGUGGAUGGUCUAAAACAGAGAAUUGCAGGAAAAUCUAUCCCGACUGAGAAGUUUGCAGUAAGGAAAGCUCGACGCUAUGCAUGUCCUCAACCAGUGAAGCUGAUAUUACCUGCCUUGGAAAUGAUGUAUGUCUGGAAUGGAUUUGCAAUUGUGGGCAAAAGAGCAGACCUCACUGAAAAUUUACUGGUAACAAUUGAAAAAGAAGAAGCUGCUCUACAAAAUGAAACUAAUCACAAUGAAUACUAUGUGGAUGAUGUGUGCAUGUUGCAGCUACUGAAAGGCCUCUGUUUGAAACACUUGGGAAGACUCAUGCAAGCUGAAUUAUGUUUCAAUAAAGUAAUUCAAAGUGAGAAGCAAAUAAAAUAUGAUAGCUACUUGGUGCCAUUCACACUGUAUGAAUUGGGUCUUCUGUACAAACAGCAGGAUGAGACAGAAAAAGCAAUAAGAUACAUAGAAACUGCAAAAAACAACUACAAGGAAUACUCUAUGGAGUCCAGGUUGCACUUCAGAAUUCAUGCAGCACUUGACAGCUUGAAGGUGUCAUCUGCUUCAACACCUUGAAUGAGAAGGGAUGCUUUUCAUGCAUACAAUAAAUAGCCUACACAAUCUUUUUUUUAAUCAUAGAGAAGAACAUAAUGAUUGUUUUCUGUCACUUCUGAUUUGAUGUCAUUCUUUUAGACUUUUCUGUAUAGCGCCUAUACUGUAUCUACAUGCUGUUAAAGAAGACCUUCUAUUUUGUUGAUAGAAAUAAUUUAAUAUUUGACUUGAAUGGGGGAUAUUUUUUAAAAAAAGGUGAUGGUGCAAUAAAGUUUAAUGAAAAUAUUUUUUUAAUAUAAGAACAGAUGCAGGUUAUGCAGUGAAACUGGUGAUCAUUUCUGCAUUUUUUGAAAGUUUUAUUUUCUGCAGUGCACUUGAGACUUUUUUCUCCUCUGGAACAAAAAUGCAAUGUCUGCAGAUAACCUUACCCACAUUUUUUUGCAUACCAUAUUCUGAAAUUUGUGUUCCAGAGGAAAGAAUUAGUAAUUUUUUACUUAAUUUUAUUUUGGGAACAAAAUUAAACUGUGUGAAGUGCAAUAUUUUUACUCUGUCAGAUGAAGCUAAGGAGGGCUUCAGAUGAAGCUAAGCAGGGCUACAGUUAUAAUGUCUUUGCAGGUCUGUUUCAGUCAAAAGAAACACAGAUUAGGGGAUAUUUUUCACUUGUAGAAAAGCAGAGCUACCAAGGACGUUACGUCCUUGUUCUAAAGUAGUCUUAAGUUGAUCCUGACAGAUUUGUUUCACCUGUUUAACAAAAAACAAAAAAGCACUGAGAACAGUCAUUUUGGAACUUACACAGGAUGUCUUUCCCAAUGAGAAAAGACUGGGAAAUUUUGCCUGAUGUCUACCCCAAAGUUCUUGACACAACUGAAACUGAUUGUUUCCCAUCUUCCCUGUCAUGGAUCUGGAGAAAGGAUUGUUCUUUCCCUUUUUAAAGCAAUCGUUUAGUAUUUGUAGACUAGCACCCUAGUUGGUAUUCUCUGUUCUUGGAUCCCAACCAAAGUAAAUAAAAUAUUGGUGGAUUUAUGUAUUUUCCUAAUAAUGAGUUAGAAUUCAUAUUAACAGAAAUUGAUUGUGCAUCAAGAAGUAAAACCACUUUUAAUCUUGCUGUUAAGAAAAUAUGCAUAUUCUAGUCUAAUUUCUACCAAAAAUGUGCAGUAAAAUUGAGAUACUUAAAAGUGCAUUUUUCCUUUCAUGCUUCUAUGCAAACAGCAGUAUGAAAUUGAAUUUCCCAUUUAUUUAGAUACACAGAUUCUAGCUGUCUGUUCUUAAAAAUAAAAAUAUAUGUCUUUUUUAUUUAAGUAUACACCCAAUAACUCUUCUUUCGCUAGCUAUUGCAAAACUUGCCAUUUCCAUAUUUUUUCUAUGUCUGGUAUGUUUACUUCUGCACAGUAAAUUCAUAGUACCUGUGCUCAUGUAUGUGAUUCACUGCCCUUAACUACCACCCAAGCAAAAUCAGGAUGAAAGAAAUAGGUGAAAAAUGUGUCCUCAGUAAAUGAGUAACUGAAGUUUCUAAUUAAACAGUCAAUAUGAUCUAUAGAAGUUUUUCUCAGAUUACUGAGAACACAGCUUUCUUCUAUGACUUAUAAAUAAUGGGGUAAUUUAAUUGCUUAUAAUUCUGUAAUAGAGUGGUAUAUUUACAGGAGAAGUAAGAGUUUAAAAAUACUAGCUAAAUAAACAUAGUGGGUCUUUCAAAAUGGAAACCUGAUCCAAAGUCUUUCUUUGUUGGUUGCAAUUUGUGCUUAUUGUAAAUGUGUAACUUAAGUUAUUAUGUAAAAUUAUACACAUGUAAAUUUGAAGCUGAAAUACCCAAGACACUGAAUUACUGAUAAAGUAUGCAUGUUUAUUUUCAAAUAUAUUAGUUGGCUGUAGCUAAACCUCAAAACAGAGAUUAGCAUAUGCUGUCAAAUGACUUCUCUAAAGAUUUACCCAUUUAUAUAUAUCUGAUUUUAGUGAGCAUAAACUCAUGUAUUUUCAGAAAAUACUUUGGAUGCAUCUGUGGGCAUUAUAUGUUCAGUUUAGGAUUAUCUUAGUUUAAUCUGAUUAUUGAAUUGGGGUCUGCUUCAUUUUUCUGUAGAAGGUGAUGGGAACAAUUACCAGUAAAAUUUCUGUAAUUUGUAUUCCAAACAGUACUUUAUUUCAGGAGAGUUAUAACUGGGACUACAGACUCUCAGGGCGGAGCAUGAUGUAGUCUCUGAUCUCUUGUUUUUUUGGGGAGUGUCUUACAGCUAAUAUUUUAGGGGUGAUUUGAGAUAGAAAUCAAAACUAACAAAAAAUGAACAAUGAUUUUCCUUAGAAACUGAUUUUUUCAAAGAUUAGUACAAAGCUUCAAGAAGCAGUGUACUUUUUCCAUGGGUGAUAUUACUGAUUGAAGAGACACGCUUAUCCACAAAAAUUUCCAGUACCCUCUGUAGUGUUUUGAGGACCCAAUAUUAAGUGCUGUUUGGAGCUUGCCUCCUUUCUGUGCUGCUGUUCCACACUUUGCUAGAAAGAUUGACUGAUCAGAAUUCUUACUUUAAGCUUUAUUCUGAACAUUUUUUUUCCAAGUUGUUAACAGUGGAUGUACAAACGUGUGAGAGUGAUUUUUUACCCUUCAGUUAAGGUGGGUCUCCACAUAGCUGCAAGAGAUGCUUAGUUUUCCAAAUGCUGCAGAAAAGUGCAUGUCUCCUUGACACAAUGCAUCUGUGAUGCAGUAUUAUUUAGGACAUUAUGCCCGAGUUAAGUGAUUCCUCUCUAAGAGUUCAUACAAAGGGUCUGUGGCUUUUUAAAUUUAUUUUUUUAAAUCUGCUGUAUUCUGUACUGGGCCUUAAAUACAGCACUGAUUUAGUCUUAACUGCAUUUAUAAUACUCACCGCACAUACUCAUCCUCCACGGGAAUUUUGAAUAUUGUGCUGAGACUUAACUAAGCAAAGCUGAUCAUUUACCCAUGAUGCUAUAGCCUCUCUUGAUAAUAGGAGGAAUUAUAAUAUAUACAAGAGCAAAUUUAACUUGUUAGUUUAAGCAAGAAAGGCUGAACUUACAUUAUGACAAAAGGUUAUUUAGUUCUUUCUGAUAAUAGAUUUUUUUUUAAGGUAAGCAAUAAUAAAUUAGCCUGGUUAUAGGACGAAGCUUCUCGUUGAUUAUGAAUUGCCUACUUAGAAGCUAUUACAAAAAACUUCAUGUCUGUGCAUAUCAAUCAAAUAUCAAUCUGUUGAAACGUCAUUGUACUGUGGUUUACAAGUCUUUAUUCAUCAGAAUAAAGAAUGAAUUUCUGUUUUGAAAGCAAAUAUAUGUUAAAGCUUAUGCAAGAUUGUUAUAUAUCUGUUCUAACACACAUGGGGUAGCAGCUGUAUGUAGCACUUUAUGGCCAUAGAAAUGUAUAACAAUCAGAUGUUUUACAUUUCUCAAACACCUUGCAAUGUAAUGUGUAAAACAAGUAAUUUCCUGUGACAAAUUCAACUUAGACUUUGCGGUUUUUUAAUUACUAAUCCUAAUGUUUCAUGUCUUUUGUUUCUGUAUAUUCUUACACUGCGUAGUGGAACAAAGAAUGUUAAUAUUUGCCCUGGUGCUGCAUUCUCUUUGCUUCUAAUCUACUGAGGUUUGGACAUGUUCUUAUCUCAUACUUGAUGAGUAAACAAUGAGGGAAGAAAAACAGAAAAUGAGGAAUGAAGUAUCUUCUGGUUUAAAGGGCAUGUAGAAAUGUUCAUUAUGAUGGACUGGAUUUACUAUUCAGAGGAAUAAAUCACAUAUGCUUGUGCUACUGAGUGCUGAAUUUGGCACGGUAUUUUAGUUGUACGUCAAGAACCUCCAGAUGAGAUUUACCAAAGCAUUAUCAUAAGGCCCAAUCUCUAAUUUAUAAAUGCUACCUUAAGCAUAGAGCUCUUAUACAACCAGUCCAGACUGAGAGGUUGUAUAAAGCUGUCAAGGUCUGUUGAGUGAACAAAGGGUCUUUUGAAUGUAGAUAGUGAAUACAAAAUAAGCUGCAGGGUUUCUUUAUUUUUUUGGGAGGGUUUUGUGGUGCUACUCGUGUUUUGGGAAUUUUUUUUUAAAUUGUGUUUUGGGUUUUGAUUUGUAUUUUUCCCCUUUAUCUGGUAAUAAAUACUAUAG